AUGGAGAACCCGCUUUUGACUGUUCUUUCGCACCGAACCGCGGGAAUCGAGUACCGGGGAGUCGUCACUAAGCGUCUGGCGACCCUCAAGCGUCGGCUCGGCGUCCAGACCAAAAACACAAAGGAGUACUCGCCCAAGCAAGUGUCCACCGAAGAUGUAGUUCAGGACGCUCGAUUCGCACAACUGCUGCUGCUGCAAGCCGAGCGGGCCUGGGCCGUGUCUCAGGAGACGGCAUCUAUUCUCGAGACCAACGGAUCAGCCGGCAAGCGGAAACGGGUGGCAUCCAAGCUGACUAAGGCCGUGCAGUAUGCCAUGGCCCUGGAGCAGUCUGUCUCCGACACACAGAGCGACGAGGUGCGUCUGCAGAUCGCCACGUAUCGUCUGCUGCUGGAGGGCGCUCUGUACGCACACAAAAAACAGUGGCAGAAGCUGGUGCAGCCCUACUCUGCGGCUCGAGUGGGUCUGUCUGCUCUCAUCACUCUGGCCAAGGACGCUGAGGAGGCCGAGCUGCUGGCCGACGUCAUUUCCACCCAGAUCGACCCUGCUCUCGGUGUCGCCCUGCUCAAGGUUUCUCCUGACCGAAAGCUCGAUCUCGAAAACGCCUCCAAGGGCUACGUUGAUGCCGGAUCCGACUUUGGAAAGUUGGUCGAGAAGAUCAAUCCCCACGCUCUGGAGGUGGACGAGGCCCACGGACUGGACGAGAUUGAGUGGAGAGGCCACCAGGCUAAAAUUACCGACCCCGACGUGGCCCGAACCGUCAGCAACGCCCUGACCCAGACCAAGGCCGAGGAGAAGACCAUCUCUGACUACGAUACUCUGCUGUCGCUGUGGCAGUCUGCCAACGAUCUUGUCAAGGAGGAGCUGGAGCGAUUUGAGCUGGCCGGAAUCGCUGCCCACGACGACACCACCCAAAACGCCCACAUUGUGCUGACCUUCAUCAACUUCCACAUGCUGCAGCAGCGAAUCGAGCGAGACCUGCUGCUUCUGAGCGAGGUGUCACAGCUUAAGACGGUCGACCGAAAGGACCACGCCAAAACCAACAAGGAGAAGCUUCCCAGUGCGCUGAAAAUCUCCACCCACACCCGACUGUUGCAGCUCAAGGACUCGGUGCGUCUGCUAGGCAACAUUGUGCAGUCUGUCGAUGAAAUUCUCAAUCUGGCCGGUGUCUCCAACGACUCCUCCCUCGUUUCUGCUCUUACAGCCACCAAGGCUGCUUACAGAGCCCAGAAGCUUGCUGCCAUCGGUGCGUCUUACGACCUGGUUGGAGACUACAAGAACGCCCUUGCUCUCAAUAGCAAGGCUCUUCAGCUGCAACAGACUGUCGGUGACGCUGAUCAUGCUGCUGUCACUGGAAUCCAGGUUCCAAAGAACGCCCAGCUCGUUGCAAACACCGCACGACUGCAGGCGCUGGAAACAAUUGCCCAGAGACUGACGGAGAAGCCCCUUAACCACCCCGUUUCAGAUAACAUGGACUCGUAUCCCAUGGCAACUGCCUCGGACACGGCUCACAACAUUGUGGAGUUUGACCAGCGGCUGAAACCCGUGUUGGUCAAGCCCGUCUUCUUCGACAUUGCCUACAACUACGUCGAUUACCCGGCCGAGGUGCAGGCCGUGGAGACUGCCAAGGGCGGCGAGGAGCAGAAGACUAAGAAGAGUGGAUUUUUGGGCGGACUUUUCCGAAAGUAA